UUUACAACACCGUCAAAGCUGUCAAGACGCCUGCAUAACACAGCGUGGUGUAAUCCUAUUGGAAGUGUAUAGUCAUAUUAAAGACAGGCCUUCAGGGAUGUUUGCUUCCCUUUUUGUGGUCAUGCUGGGGUUGUGCUUCUGUAGCAAGGGGAACAGCCAGUCUACUCUGGGGCGUCCAAGACUUAUUAGCCCUUCGGAAGCUCUGGUGAACAGCUUUGUAGAUUUUCAUUGUGAUAUAGAAUUGUCCCCAGCGAAUGAAACGGUCCUGUUUCAGUUAUUCAAGAAGGAUAACCGUGACAGGUUGCUGGGCGAAUACACCUCCUUGAACGGAGAGGUUGCAUUAAUUCCCCAGGUAAUCAAACCGUUCCAUGAGGGCUACCUGGAGUGUGUGGCCAAGGUUCAAAACAACUCUAACAUAGAGCCCACUAUCAGCUACACACACUACCUGAAGGUUAUUGAGCCAGUGAAGGGUGCAAGGAUUAUCCUUCGAUCAAGCAAUAACUUCUUUGAAGGGGAGACACUGAAGCUAAGCUGUGAACACAUUGCUGGAAAUCAUGUCUCCUACAAGUGGCUGUUGAAUGGACAGCUUGUCUCACCAUCACCGCUCCACAAUGUUGCAGAUAAAAAUCUUUUCAUCUCCAGAACUACUUCGAAAGACAGCGGAUCCUAUAUGUGUGUCGCCACCAACCACUUCAACACAACAAACAUCUUCACCGCCAAUAGCUCUGAGGUUCAGAUCACAUUCAAAGAGAGGGUGUCAAUCCCGGACAUCUCCUUCACCGUGUUGAAGGAAGACUCCAAAAACUUUUCUGCCAAGGUCACCUGUCGUUCAACAAAAGGGACCCCACCUGUCACCUUUUCAGUGUACAACACGACAGAAUUGGUUGCCAACGUAACAGUUAACGAGAGAAACGCGACAUUUAAGGUUCCGCUGGUAUUGGGCCGGGACUUGGGAUGGCUCCACUGCCAGGCGAGCAACGGAGACCAGGUCGAACACAGCCAGCAGAUUUCGCUGAAAGUUGUUCCGGUCGGUGGGCCUGUGAGGAUGAGUUACGACUAUGACGUAGAAAACUACGCUGUAAUCGGCGUGAGGUUCUACUGCCGGUCAGCGAAUGGAUCCCUUCCCCAGUACCGGUGGUUCCUCAACAAAACCCUCCUACGCGACAGAGGAAGCUUCUACCUUGUGGUCAACCAGCCUCCAGAACAAUCCAUACUCCUGCUGUCGGUGGGCCGGAGCAGCGCUGGAACGUACCACUGUGACGUGUCGGACAGCUUCGACAGCAACAGCUCCAUCAGUAGCAAUGAGCUAUAUUUGGAUAAAAAAGUGCUGAAUCGUCUCCCGGUCCUGGUGGUGGCCGUUGUCUUUGGAAGUUUUACCUGCCUGGUUGCCCUGGUGUCCAUAUGUUGUUUGGUUGGAGCAAUAUUCAAACGAAGGCAGUAUGGAGGAAAUUCUCUGUUGUGCUUGGAGAUGAAGGGACUGGCAGCCGCAUAUGAGGACGAGCUGGAUCCAUCAGAGUACAACGACAACGCCGACUUUGUGAAAGCGGUUGGUGGUGUUGAACUUGAUCAGGCAUCCGGGGCCUCCUCAGAUGAAUGGCCCCCAAUUGAGGAAGAGGAGUCUUUGGAGGAUGAACCAGUUGAGGGGCCCUGAGGGUUCAAACAGUUUAUGGUUGAACUGUCUGCUCGUGCUCUCAACGUCCUUGCAGUGUGAUGCAUUAGACCGAUUAAAGUAUCUGUGGUGAUAAACAAUAA